GUCUGGCUGUAUCUCCUUCAAAAACCUUUUUGCUUUGUGGCUUGAAGAUGAAAGUUGGAGGCGUGUGAUGUUCUUUUGCUAAAUUAAAGAGGAAAGAUAAGAAGGAAUCACUGGGAAAAGAGGACAGAGACUAUAAGCCCUGGGAUUUUACUAGCUUGCCUCAGCCAGAAGCAAAGUUUCUUCACUACAGACCUGCUGACUCCAACAUGCUGCUGAAAUGCGUUUCCCUACUGGGUCCGUGUCUGUUUGGAGAGAGGAUGAGAAGAUGAAACCGUGAAAAGCACACCAUGAAUGUUUGCAUUAAGCAGAGCUCCCGAUCCUCUGAGGCAGGUGAAGAUGAAAAGGACCAGCGCACAGUGACAGUCAACCCCUCGCACAUGAGAAAGGCAUUCAAGGUCAUGAAUGAAUUGCGGAGCAAGCGACUCCUCUGUGAUGUAGUGAUUGUGGCAGAAACUGUGGAGAUGGAAGCCCACCGCGUGGUCCUGGCAGCCUGCAGCCCUUAUUUUUGUGCCAUGUUUACAGGAGACAUGUCUGAAAGCAAAGCCAAGAAGAUCGAGAUAAAAGACGUGGAUGGGCAGACACUGAGGAAGCUGAUUGAUUACAUCUACACAGCUGAGAUAGAGGUCACGGAAGAGAACGUGCAGGUAUUGCUGCCAGCUGCUAGUUUAUUGCAGCUGAUGGAUGUUAGAAAAAACUGCUGUGACUUUCUUCAGUCCCAGCUGCAUCCCACGAACUGCCUUGGAAUUCGAGCCUUUGCAGAUGUGCACGCAUGUACUGAACUGCUGCAGCAGGCAAAUGCCUACGCAGAGCAGCACUUUCCUGAAGUGAUGCUAGGAGAAGAAUUUCUUAGCCUUAGUCUGGACCAGGUUUGCAGUUUAAUAUCAAGUGACAAGCUCACAGUCUCCUCUGAAGAAAAGGUCUUUGAAGCAGUUAUUUCUUGGAUAAAUUACGAGAAGGAGUCUCGCUUAGAGCACAUGGCUAAACUGAUGGAGCAUGUUCGCCUCCCUCUUUUGCCCAGAGAUUAUCUUGUACAGACAGUUGAAGAAGAAGCUUUAAUCAAGAAUAACAACACAUGUAAAGACUUUCUUAUCGAGGCCAUGAAGUAUCAUUUGCUUCCUCUGGAUCAAAGGCAAUUGAUCAAGAAUCCCAGAACAAAGCCAAGGACCCCCGUCAGCCUGCCAAAGGUGAUGAUCGUGGUUGGCGGGCAAGCGCCCAAAGCCAUCCGCAGUGUGGAGUGCUAUGACUUCGAGGAGGAGCGGUGGGACCAGGUUGCUGAGCUUCCCUCCCGGAGGUGUAGAGCAGGUGUAGUGUUUAUGGCUGGCAAUGUUUAUGCUGUCGGAGGCUUUAAUGGAUCCUUAAGGGUACGCACUGUUGAUGUGUACGAUGGCGUGAAGGACCAGUGGACAUCCAUAGCCAGCAUGCAGGAAAGAAGAAGCACUUUGGGUGCAGCUGUGCUCAAUGAUCUCCUGUAUGCAGUGGGCGGUUUUGAUGGCAGCACUGGUCUGGCAUCAGUUGAGGCCUAUAGCUAUAAAACCAAUGAGUGGUUUUUUGUGGCUCCCAUGAACACAAGAAGAAGCAGUGUUGGAGUUGGAGUUGUGGAGGGUAAGCUCUAUGCUGUGGGGGGUUAUGAUGGAGCAUCUCGCCAGUGCCUUAGUACUGUAGAGCAGUACAACCCAGCCACCAACGAAUGGACCUACGUGGCUGACAUGAGCACUCGACGCAGCGGUGCAGGUGUUGGUGUUCUCAGUGGGCUGCUGUAUGCAACAGGAGGGCACGAUGGUCCCCUGGUCAGGAAGAGCGUGGAAGUCUACGAUCCAGGAACAAACACCUGGAAGCAAGUAGCAGACAUGAAUAUGUGCCGAAGAAAUGCAGGUGUGUGUGCGGUGAAUGGUCUCCUCUAUGUGGUGGGAGGAGAUGAUGGUUCCUGCAACUUGGCCUCUGUGGAAUACUACAACCCCAUCACAGACAAGUGGACAUUGCUGCCAACCAGUAUGAGCACAGGGAGGAGUUAUGCAGGUGUUGCUGUGAUUCACAAACCAUUGUGACACACAAUCAAGUCAUUACAAGGAGCAGAAGUGAAGUGGAUCCAGCUAGGUGGUGGUGGGAAGAUGACUGACCUCUGACUUGACCCAUCUCAUUGCUGUUACCAUCUUCGUGUGACAAGUGCUAUGUUACAAACAUCGUCUGCUCUGCAGUGGAUUGCAUAGCAAAGGGAAAGUCCUUCUGGAGACAUGUUCCAUGCUAGACACGAAGUGUUGCUUGUUAUCUAUGGUGCAAUCAACUGUUUUUCUCAAUGACAAGUGUGCUGGGAUAAACAUAGUGCUUGAACUGCAGGCACUGAAUUUCUUGUAUGAAACAAAACUGCUACGUUUGGGCAUGUGAGUAAAAAUGAACUCUUCUGGAUUUCUUCACUACUGAUGCUCCGUACCCACUGUUGGUUGAACUAUUUUCUCACUGCACCCAGAGGGCAGACCUUACUACUGACAGUGGAAACUUCUGAGCACCAACUGAGAAAAGCAGUCAGCAGGAACGGACUGGAACAGGGCGCUCUGGCUUGAGUGUGACACUGUCUCAGUCAUACGUUUGUACCUGCCACUGGACUACUGUAUGUGUCCCUGAAAUGCGUGUCGUAUGGUGGAAAUAAAUGCCAUGUGAUUUUUCUACUUGCCAUGAAUGCUGUUUCCUGUACAUGCUGGGCUAUGCCUUCCCAGGGGCUGAUAUCUCAGCAACUCUGCCACACCAAACCUCUCAGCCCCACAAAAGACAUGCUGCUCUGACAGGGUUCGUUGCUCCUGUGAAACAAAUACUGCUUGAAUAGAAACUAUUCCCUACCCUGCACCUCGCCAGUGUUGCCAGCUGUGCUGAAAGCCCCAGUUCUAACUCUGUCCAGCAUUUCAAUGCCAUUUCAUAAUAGAGCAUUUAGAUGUCAAAAGAAAGAUCUUAUGGUGCCAUUAAUGUAGAAGGUACCUACAGUGAGAACCCUCUGUCAGUUAGGCAGUGGUUAAUGAGCAUGGUAAUGAACAUGCCGUGUCUUAAUGCUUUCAGAGCACGGAGAUCUCUCUAAUCACUGUCAUUGUAACUGUUAUUUUAAUCUUCCUUAUACUGAAAGUGUUCUGCUGUUAGUAGAUAGAAUUGAUACGAUUAUUCAAAACAGACAAAUCUAGAUAUAGCUGUGAUGCAGUCAUCUUGCUUACAUCACAGAUUCUCAGAGCUUUCUGUUUAAGAAGAUGCUUGACUUGCAAAUACCUUUGUUUGCCUCCUUGUGAGCUCUGACAUACAGCGUGCAGGAAUGUAGACUCCAAAAUAUUCUCCUGAUGUAUUCUUUUUUUCCCCUUCCUCACUCUCCCUUCCCCUUUUUUCUUCUUGCUUCUUUCCCAUCUCACUAUCUUUGAUUUAUGUGGCCUUUUGUGAGGGCCUGUCUCACUCCUUAUCCCUGUGGAUCAGCUGUGGCUUUCUGUUGGGGGCAGCUGACCUGCAGGACCGUAUCUGCUUGUGUUAUUGCUGAGCACCAGCACAAAGUGCUGCUCUUUCCUGGUAUCUUUCUCUACAGAUCUGUCAAAAACACUCCAGGCAAACUUCUGCAGUAGAAAAGAAAAAUACCUAAAAAUCAAUUUCUGAGGGAUCUAAGGCUAAAUCACCUUGUGCAGCUUUAGCAGGUGUGUACAUUAGUUCUGUAAAUAAGCACAUUUCAGUGUGUGAGUUGACAUGGUCCUUGUGCCAUGGGCGCCUGCUCCCUCUGGGGGAAAUAGUGCCUACCCUUGCUGCUCCACCUCCCAUGGAGGAGGGCUAACAAUAACAAUAAUAAGUUCUCUCUAUAAUACCCUUUAAGUCUCGUGUUGGGUUCUACAAUUUGCCAUGAAACGUGCCAAAAUAACAGCAUAAUGUGCUGCCCUUUUUGAUGGCUUGUCUUAGAGUAAAAGCUGUUGAGGUUGGUGGCAAUGUAUCCCAGGCUGAAGCUGGCUUCAUAUCAGAGUCCUGAGAUGCAUCUUGACAGUGACGUAAGCAAGGUGAUGCCUUGGCUUGGAGUGAUUUUACCUCUAAAGCUGGUUGCCAAAUGGGGGCUUUGCACGCAGCCUGUGGGAAUAUGGCAUAAAUGGGAUAGGCAAAGCUUUUUAGUCUGUUAUCAUCUCUUAUUGGAUGCAGAUCAGUCAACAGGAUGGAUGUGUGUUUGAGCAUGCCUGUCUCUUGUUAAGUCUCAAAUAAACAUAGGAAACGUAAAGCUAAAAAGCCUUGUUGCAGCCAAUUGUAGCUGCCAAACUGAUCUCAAUUCCAGCGUUGCUGGAGCGAAGGCAAAUGUUACCAAGAGAUUAAGAGUUUUUUUAAAAUCUAACCCACAAGAAGUGCUGAAGAGAUGCAAGUCUGAAGCUUGCUGUGUUGAUCAGAUGUCAUGAAUGGUGAAUAUACUUGAAAGCUGGGUAAUUUUUUCCCCAAUUUACAUUGCUUUAUAAACCUUCCUUGCUUACAAGGCAAAAGCUUUUGAUGAUUCUCUGCUAUUGUAAAAUGGCAUUUAUUGAUGCUGGUGGCCGAGACCUAAGGCUUGCUGGACAGGGCUAGGGCUUGGCCAUUGCCAGAGCUCCUGGUUGCAGCCACAGCUCCUCCACCCCAACCAAUUCCCUUUUCCUUCUCAAAUGUUGCAGUGUUAUGCAAGCCAAGUGACCUCGUUUUCCAGCUAUGCAAUAUGAACAACUGUAACACAUGAAGAACCAGCUGUAUCCCCUCCCCUUGAAAUGCUUUUGGAACUUGUCUGUCUUUGGUGUGUUGUUCUGUGUUUGUAUGAUUCAUGUGGAGCACCUGAGCCAGCCCCUUUAAAGACUGCCUUUUUCUAGGACUGAAAGCAUAGCAUCAGUGCUAACAAUUUUACUGUAAAUAUCUUUUUAUAAGAAUUUUUAAAAAUGUUUGGAUUGCUUUUUAUGGCCGCUGAUGACACCUGUGUUAAAUUCUGGAUCUGAUUCCUAACACUCCUGUGCAGUUUUUGCUGGCUGUGAUGUGUGAAUUUGUAUGGAUUCUGCACAAGAAAUUUGAUGAUGUAACCAACAUCUGGGAUAGCUCUUAUGUUGGUUCUGACACGGUGGAAGGACAGCACUGGGCUCAACGAUUCGAAACAAAACCCAUUACCUCCAUCACCAGCACGCUCUUAGAUUGCUAGCUAUUUGAAAACAGUUUCAGUACUCUAAUUUAACUUUCUGUUUGCUCUCUGGUCAGCGUGGUGGAUGAGCUGUCUGCCCCGUGGCUGCUUGUGGAGGAGGUGUGAUGUGCCACAGGCUGCCGAAAGUGAUGGAGUUAUUACAGGAGGAUUUGUGAAGGCUUUACACACUGAACUCAGGCGGCCUCCUUGCAGCGGUCGGUUGGGAACAUGAAGGCUUUUCUCAGCUCUUUGGGGUCUCUGUGUGCUGACCCCUAUGGAACUGUGGCAUUGGGUUUCCACAAGGUGACCUUGCACAGAGCUUGCAGUGUCCCCGGGUGCAGGCUGGUGAAGAGGCUCACACACUGCUGGCUCUGCAAGCAGCCCAACAUAUGUAAAGCAGGAUGGAUUUGCCUCAAACAAUCUGCUGUUGAAACAAGUUUGAAUCAAGUCCACCUUUUCCAUUUGUGCCUAAUAGAUAAAUUGGGGGUGAUUAAAACCAAUUUUCGGUUCAUUCAGUUUAUCCAAAUAUUUUUUUUGGUACAGAUGUGUACUGCACUGUAAUUACCAUAAAUUUACUCGGCAGCAUUUGCAUGACAACACCACGAAAGCUUAACACUGUUCUCUCGUUUGCAGCAUUUGGAGACCACAAUCCUUGCUAUCCAGUGAUGUGUGAUGCCUGAUUCAUCCAGCUAAGGUGGUGCUUCGGCAGAUAAGUGCAGCUUGUUUCUAACCUGUGGGAUUCAUCGCUCAUAAACCGUAGCAUCGGAGCAGUUCCCCCCUGGCUUUGCCUUGUGCCCACACAUCCCAUGCACACACCUACAGCCUGAUGCUCAGACCACAGGGUUUGGGAGUCUGGUAGAUGCUAUAGACUGGAGACGAGUGCUUUUUUCCCUUCUUUCUCUUUCUGGUUUUAUAAGUUAUUUUCCUUUACAGUGACAAUAAAGACAUGUUGAGAAUUUGUGUAUUUUAUGUAUUAAAGAAAAAACAACAACAACCAAACCAACAACAAUCAAACAAUUUUAAGGAUUACAGAAGAUGGUGAAGCAGUUUACUUGGAGGUGAAGUUCUUUGUGUAAAGCAGCUGCUGUUGGUUCCAUAGCUGACAGCAUCACAAUGAGUCGUGUCACCAUUCAAGCUCAUUAUUUAAUUAAAAGACUGUGUGUGUGUGUGAAUGUGACGGAUGAAGGACGUUGCAAAUCGGUUCUUCUGAUGGCUGCCUUGUCCAGUGUGAUGAAUGGUGCAGGGAAUGGUCUUCUCUGGUGUAUUUGUGACAAAAUCACGUUGUUCCCUGUUCUUUAUUUGAAUAAAAACUGGACUAAUGCAA